GCUUCUAAAAAAUAUUUUUGCCUCAUUUUUGUGCAACUAUAGUAGAGUUAGAGUAUUUUAGGCAAAAGACUGCCAUCAGAGAGACUGCAACGUGUCUCCACUGGACUACGAAAAAACAAUGCUUCUGUAGACAUUUGAUUGAGGAUAUCCUUUAGAGACGGGAUUAUUUUCCUUCACACUUUCCUGAUUGUUGUGGGCUAAUGAGUGAAAGUGAGCAGUUCCCACAGAGGUCCUCCAGACUGGAUUAUCAGAAAUACUUUAAAACAACACUCUGGAAUAUACACUAAAGAAUGAUGUGCCUUUUUCAACUGAAUUUCUGUGUAUUAAUCAAAAACAUUUAAAAAAAUAAAAUGCUGAGAAGAAAAAACAUUCAUGUAGCUCUUUGGGUAGCAUGUGGAAUAUUGAGUACCGUGGUGGUAGACACAAAGGAAUGUAGCAUUAAAGUUGUGAAGGCCAUUUCUACCACAGACUCUAUAUGCAUCACGCUGGACAACGAAGAUGUGAAAUGCCAAUACACCAUUUCUGUCAGGGACAGACACAAUGAUUCAAAAGACUGUCAUCAAGACCAGGAACAUUUCACACAUUUUGAGUGCAAAACUGAGAAUUUAGAUCCUGGAACGUGGCAUCAGCUCGAUAUAAUAUCAAAAGUGGAUGAAAAACAACAGACUCAACACACUGUCUCCCUGCCAACUAGACCUUCAGCAGUGGAAAAUCUCUGGGUUUCUGGGGACACAAACAGCUUGGACGUUUCAUGGCAGCCUGGUCCAGGCAAAACAGAGCGAUAUCAGAUCAAGCUUCUAGACAGCAGAGGCAUUGGUUCUAUCUGGAACACAACAGUUGUUAGCACAGCAACCUCGUAUACAAUAAAAGGGCUGAUUCCUGGCGGACUCUACAAUGUCACUGUCAUUACAGAGGUUGGAGAGCUACAGAAUUCAGCGUCUAGACAAGCACAAACAGUACCAGCUGCUGUUUCUAACCUCAGAGUGGAGAACAAUGGUGACCAGAACACCCUCAGAGUUCUGUGGGAUAAAGCCUCUGGUGAUGUGGACAGUUACCUUGUCAGUCUGACAUUACCUGGUUCAAACUCUAUUGAAAAAACCUUGUCCCCUAAUAGUACAGAUGUGGUGUUUGACAGUUUGAGUCCUGGAAAGACCUACCAAGUAUCAGUCAGCACUAGGAGUGGAACACUUUCUAAUAAGACAUGGAUCACAGUAAAAACUGAACCAGGGAAGGUGUCAGAUCUGGUGAUGGAGAACCUGUCUGACCGUGGCGCCCUAAAGAUCACCUGGACACCCCCUUCCGGAGAAUGGGAACACAUCCGUGUGGUGCUUUCAAAUGGAAGUGAAAUCCUUGCUAAUCAAACUGUGGACAGAACGGCAAAGGAAACACUCUUGUCAUGGCUAAAUCUGCAUCCUGGCAAAGUGUACAGCAUGGCGGUCAGUGUAGAGAAUGGAGGCCUGGCUAAUACGGUCUAUUACGAGGAGGAAAUAGGUCUUCCGCCAGUAUCUCAACUGCACAUUCGUCAUUCAGACGAGACCUCCCUAAGCGCUCUGUGGAUUCACGCCUCUGGCUCAUCAUCUCGUGAUGGCUACAUCGUACAGCUUUUCCAAAGCAACACAUCUACGGCUAUUCAGACACGAACCUUGAGCCGUGGUAUGAGAGAGUGCACCUUUAAUGUCCUCACGCCUGGUCGCCUGUAUGACAUUACUGUAACCACUACCACGAAGAACCUGCGUAGUUCUGCUACAGUAAUGGGAAGAACAUUACCUUUAAAGGUGAAUCAUCUGAAGCUAAGUAACAAGGGAAAAUCAGAUAGUCUGAAUGCAAGCUGGGAGAAACCAUCUGGAGAUCUGGAUUUCUACAACUUAGUGCUGUUACGAGUUGGAUACACGGUGGACAACAUUUCUGUUUCAGCAAACACAACCUCCACCCUGCUUCCCUUCCUCAGACCCGGUGCUUUAUACAAAUUGCUGGUUACCACUGUCAGCGGAUCACAGACCUCCAAACUAGCUGAGGCCGAAUGUCGUACAGUGCCCGCUGCUGUUUCUGACAUAACCGUCACUAACAGUGGUCCAGAUUUUCUGAAUGUGUCGUGGAAGGCAGCAGAAGGAGAUGUGGACAAUUACAUGGUGAUGCUAAAGGACCAGGAGAAGAUUGUACACACACUCACUGCGUCUAAAGCAACCGCAGAGUCUGUGUUCAGGAGUCUGGUUUCUGGCCGACUGUACACCAUCUCCAUUACCACACACAGCGGCAGUUACAGGAACCAAACACUUGUACAGGAGAGAACGCAGCCAUCCACAGUCCAGAACCCCGCCGCCAUCCACUCAGCCAGAGAUGACUUUCUAAAGGUUUACUGGAAUCAUGCAUCUGGGGACUAUGACUAUUAUGAAGUGGCGAUCGAGUAUAACAGCACACGUCUUCAAAGUCAGAAGCUCAAUAGGAUACAAAGUGAAUGCGAGUUCAAUGAUCUGAUUCCAGGACGUCUCUACACUGUGACCAUCAGCACCUGGAGUGGCCAGUACAACUCGACUGUCUCUAUACAUGGCCGAACAUGUGAGUGACAUCAUGGUUUUGCAUCUGUUUUUCCCAUUAUCAGGUGCAGGCACUGAUGUUUUCGCAAUCUCUCAUUAAAAAUAAAUAAUAUUAAGACACUGCAAAUCACUGUCAGUGUGAACGCCACUUAAAUUUGGAAUCGGUAUCAAAUUAUACUUAAAGGUUUUUGAUAUACUGAACUAUUUGCAUGUAUCACAUUAAUUAAUUUGACCUUUAAUGUGAUGCGUACGCUUUGAUAUAGUGAUGAAUCAUAGUCUUGUCAUUGGUUAACGUCAUUGGUGAGACAUCAUCCCGUGAUGGAUAACAGUGUAAUUCAGAAGCUAUAAAGGAUAUCCGGACCAAAGAGCUUCAGCUUCUGAUUGUCUGAAGUGUGAAGCUCUCAGGCAUGCCGGAAGUAUGGCAAGGUGACAGCGUCCAGAUUCAUAUUGAGCACAAAGCUUAAGUAGCAAGAGCUUGAGAUGAUGGCAUGGACUCUACAAUGGGUAUAGAAAAGAAU